UUUUUUUUUUGGGAACUUUUGUGCCAUGUGCCGCAAUAAAUAUAUAUUUUAAUUCAUUUAUAAUUGUGAAGUUGUAUGCAGGUAAAAUGUGUUAGUCAAACGCCUUCCGUUUUUCCAUGACAAACAUGACCCUCCAUCGUGUCGCAUCACAAAAAAGCACACAUCAGAGAGCACAAUAUGUGAUGCAUUAAAUAGAAAAUUAACAAUGUAUAAUUAAGGAUAUAGCUUGUGUUGUGUUUAAAAAAAUAUCAAUUGACUCAAUUUUAGUGAUCUUACCUUAACAUUCCAAAAUAUUAACAUUGCUCAAAAAGUAAAUUUUUGCUUAUAUAUGGUAUGUAUGUAUAUAUUGGCUUGUGCAAUUAUAUUAUGCUGCAAAUACAUCAUAUAGCAUCCUAUUCAAUAUUGUGGCACAAGUGCAUGUAACAAAUUAUAGCUCACAAAAUUUCCAUGUUGACACGUGUCUUCCUCUAAGUACUGAUUACGGUGGAGCUGGUAUUGUUAGUAACCACAAUCGGACCCCUGUCCACAUUAACACUGAAAGAUCAUACUCCCAAUUUUUCCCCUUUCCCUCUCGCUCUCCCUCGCUAUAUGCUUAGAUAUAGAUAGAUACCGUAGGGUUUAAACGAGAUUUUAUGUAUAGCAGUCAAUGUGUAUGAUUUCCUUAGACGAUCUGCUUCAAAGGUAUGUGUUUUCUAGUUUCGAUACAUGUUUACACCCUUGGUACAUUUAAUAUCCAAACUUAUAAAGCUUAAUUAAUGUUUUGUGUAUACACUAGGAUAAAAAUCAAUUCAAUGUUUGAUUUGAAAGCAAGAAAGUAAUUUUCAAAAUGGUAAUGUAUUAUUUAAUUUUGAUUUUGGUAGCAGCGGUUUUGAUUUAAUUGUUUGCUCGGAAAACAGGAAAAAUUGUUUUUAAGGCUCUAGGGUUUUGUUGAACCUUCUGUAUUCAUGAUUCAAUUCGUAUUCAAUACAUUAGAGCUCUAGGGAUUUGAGAGCAAGCGAGUGAAGUCAAGAAAGUUGGCCUGCCAGAACAAGGGAAAAACUAGGAAUUCUUCAGGCGAGAGAAAUCAAGCUAUUCAAUACACUAAAGAUCUAAGGAAUUUUGUAGAGAAAAUGGGGUCCGGGGAAACAAGGAAUUCUUCAGAACAUAGUUCAAUGGACAUGUACGGCUGACUUAAGCCCUCCUUAGACGAUCUAAAAGGAAAAAUUGCUUUUAAGGCUCUAGGGUUUUGCUGAAUCUUCUGUAUUCAUGAUUCAAUUCGUACUCAAUACAUAAAAGCUCUAAGGAUUUGAGAGCAAGCAAGAGAAGUCAAGAAAUUUGACCUGCCAGAACAAAGGAAGAAACUAGGAAUUCUUCAGGCGAGAGAAAUCGUGACAUUCAAUACACUAAAGAUCUAAGGCAUUUAGUAGAGAAAAUGGGGUCUAAGGAAAUAAGGAAUUCUUCAGAACACAGUUCAAUGGACAUGUACAGCAGACUUAAGCUUAGGGCUUCCAAUGGUAAUUCAGCUGCCAAAAAUGUCAAAUCAAUGAAUGAGCAGUGUAAGAAAUCUAGGGUCCAUGAUGGUAAGAGGGAAGGUGUAGAUUAUAGAAGCAAAUCUAAGGAACUGGCAAUUGGGGGCACCAAUAGAUUUGCUCCUAGAAGCACUAAGAUGGCCCAUUUGAUGGCCGUGAUGGAAAAGGAAGAUGUGAUUUCUUCAAGGGUGACCAAGGGAAAUGGAAAAGCAAGAGACGCACGUGGCAGUUUGGAAUCUACAUUGAAUGAGGGCACUGCAGUCGAAAUGUUUGAUGCAUUAAAAGAUUCAGGAUAUGAGGUUGGUGAUAUGGUAUGGGGGAAGGUCAAAUCUCAUCCGUGGUGGCCAGGGCAAAUAUUUGAUGAAGCUUUAGCUUCUCCAUCAAUCUGUCGUGCGGAGAAAGAGGGUCAAGUUUUGGUUGCAUUUUAUGGUGAUGGCACCUGUGGUUGGUUGGAACCAGGUAGACUCAUUCCUUUCGAUUUUCACUAUACAGAGAAAUCAAAGCAGACUAACACUCCAGAAUUUUUAACUGCUGUUGAGGAGGCUGUGGAUGAGGUGAAGCGGAGAGCUACACUUGGCUUGACUUGUCGUUGCCGGAAGCCUAACAUAUUUCGCCCUAAAAGUGUUGAAGGGUUCUUUGAAGUGGAUGUGAGUGGCUUUCAACCUGGUGGUCUGUAUUCCAAGAAGCAGAUCGAAAGAGCUAGAGAUGCUUUCCAGCCAUCCAAGACACUUUCUUUCGUGAAACAAUUGGCAUUGAUGCCUCGGGAUGAUGUGCAAAGAAAUGUUGAAUGGACAAAUAAUGUAGCUUUAGUUCUUGCUUAUCGGAGGGCAGUGUUUGAGGAGUUCGAUGAGACCUAUGCUCAGGCAUUUGGGGUACAACCAGUACGCCCUGGAGUUUCAGCGGUGGGUUUACAUAACCCAGAAAAAGCACCACUGCAAGCUCCAUUGAGUGGUCAACCAAUGAUCAGUGAAAGCCUAGGCAAACGCAAGGCCUUUGAAGAUAGGGUAAAAGUCAAGGACCAACAAAAGAGAAAAAAAUCUCCUUCCAGACAGAGCAAUGAUCAGAAAACUUCAAAAGUUACAAAAUUUGGCAAGGCCGGUAUUUGUAUCUCAGAAAAUAGAGUUCCACCAGUUUCUAUGAACCCUAAGUUUUUGGGAAAUCAGGAUACAGAUGGGAAUGUCAGAAAAGGAAAAGAAGUUAUUACUAUGGAUAAGCAUCCAAUACUUGCGCAGCGUGAAGGACCAACUGGUUUAUUUGUUGAGAAAGUGAAGGGCCAACCUUCUGCUCUAAAACCAUUGAAAAAGCCGUUCAGACUGGAUGAUCCAGCAAAGGCUGGCAGCAAAAGUCAAUCCUCUCGUAAACAGGAAGAGAAGUCCAUGAAGAGACCAAAAAAAUACAGGAAGCUAAGUUCAUUGGCUGCAGAAAAGAAGGAAGGAAGCCAGAAGCAUUUGAAAAUUCAAGGAGAUGAAAAAAUGGUGGGUUCAUCAGUGUCAACAAAGCCAGAAAUACUUGAGGGACCUUCUGAACCAGCAAUGUUGAAGAUGAAGUUCCCGCUUCAUUCAAAACUGCCAUCAGUGCCAGAAUUAAAAGCGAAAUUCGUACGCUUUGGAAGUCUUUACGAAUCAGCCACUCGCGUGUUUCAGAAUUCAUCGACUGCGAAGGUUGUUUUUAAGAACAAGUCUAGUGCUGAGGCAGCGUAUAAUCACGCAGUCCUCAACAGAACUUUCCUUGGCAACAUCACGGUAAAUUACCGCUUGCAAGUUUUAAAUGUUUCAGCCCCAGAGUUGCCUGAAUCAGGUGAGUCAAGCAAGCGGCUUGUGGAAGGAUCUCUUGAACCAAAGUCUACAGCAAUUCAUCAGUUGCCUCUGCACCCAGGUGUCCCCCUAAAUUCGAUUCUAAAGAAGUCGCCAGGUGAUGAAAUGGUGACUAUCAACAGUGUUAAGACUGCGACGCGACAUGUCAGAUUCAAGUUGGAGGGGAAUGCAAGUUCUGGGGAAGAUAAAAUGCUGCCAAGCAUUAACAAAAUCAGUGGCUCCAUUAUUGGCAAUUAUCUGAAUCCUAUUUCAUCUUCGCGCACAAUCAAGGACAAUGUUGCGAACUUUCAUCAGGUAAUGCCCCCAACUUUGCCGCCUCAGCUUUCUCUCCCUUCCCAAAUCCCAGCUAUGCAUGAGAAUCGCAGUGUUGGUCACAUUGUCGAUGACAUCAACAUUGAAUAUCCCCAAGGCAAGGCAACGAGCAGCAAGAGCUAUCAGAAUGCCAGUGCCCCGACCAACAGCAUUGACAUUUCUCAGCAGAUGUUGUACCUUUUGAAGAAGUGCAGUGAGAUUGUAGCCGAUUUGAAGAGUUCGUCUGGAUAACUGGCUUGCCAUGAUUUUGGAUGGAGUUAUUUACUAAACUCAUGCCAUUUUAAAACAAAUUUCCCAAAUAGAAGCUGUUUUUGGAUAUAUUUUCCAAACCUAUGUUGUUUUUAAGUCGUGUCAAGUUUUGUUUUGAAAACAGGAAUUUAAAGAACAAUCUGGGUCUUAGAAAUAAAUUCAAAACAAUUUGCAUUUGGGAAAUCUAUUUCAAAAUAACAAGGGUUUGGUAAAAAACUCGUUUCAGAUGAGUGUCAGGACAACUUAAACCAUUAUGAUUCGGCUAUGCGAGUAUGCCAGUGAUUUCUCCUGUUGGUGCUGUUUUCAUUCCCUUCUUCCGCGUGUGCAGGUAAAAAACAUAGGUAAUUUAGCCAUACAAAGGUGAGGCUUGAUUGGGUAUGGAUAGUGAUUAUAUUUCUUUGUUGCUUUUUUAGAGAAAGUCAUAAACUUAUGGUGUGUU